UUUGCUGAUUCGCGCCUGUACACAUAAAAACUAACAUACUCGUGUAGACACACUAAGUACUGAGAAACGCGUCGCUGUCAGCUCGCGGAGUUGCGCGCGCGAUCCCGAUCACCGAUAAGUACGUGUGUGCACAAUUUUGCGAAUUCGGUUGACGGUCAAAUUACAUAUAUUCGAGAACGCGGUCACCCGCUCACUCCUUUAAUAUUUUUAUUCACCGUUGCUGCAUUCAAAACGUAUUCAUUGUUAAUCGUCGUUUAGCGUGUGCGCGAAUAUGCUUAAAGCAAACAGAUCUUCAAGUUAAUUAAAACAUAAUUAAAAAACUGAUUUGCUUAUUCGUUAUAGCUCGUUGCUGUUUUAUAAUGAGACAUUUUUUCACAUUCAUAACGAUGAUUGCAUUGAAAACGUAGUCGUGAGGAAUAACUGAUAAGGUAUAUGUAACGUUCGAUAAUUGCUCAGAUAAAAGAUUGUUCGUGUAUGUAUGUAUGUACUUGCACUGCUUGCAGACGACAGCGGCGACGCAAGGUUAAUUAUUGUGGUGAGAGUUUAUUGGGCGUGACAGCGAAAAAUAAUAAAUCACAGGAAGUAAUAGAGUGAGUUUUUAACAUUGUUGUGCAGGCAGCUUGCGCAGAGGAAAGUGAGAGUGAUAGACGAAACAAAGAUCAACAGCCGGCGGCGGGUAUAUAUAGGUAAGCAGUGCUCGCAGAACAAGGAGUAGCACGGCGAGGUCGCGGGGCGGUCGGGCGGGGCGGUGGGCUGGGGGGCGCAAACUUGACCGUCGGCGACGGUCAGGGACGCGAGUACAGCGACCGUCAGUAAGAACGUCUGCCGAGUGAGCCGCGACUGCGAGAGAGCAGAGCAUAUCUCUCGCGUGUGUGGGCUGCGACGUCUCUCUCUAGUGCGUGCCGCGUGCGUGCGUAUAUGUGUGCAUGUGUUCCGGUGGCGGUGGCGCGAAUACAUGCGGGAGACAAAGAGCGAACGUGUAGCAGCAUCGCCGAGGUAGCAGCUGGAGUCAGCGCGUCGUUAGCUCUACCCGCGACAGCGAUCAAGGACAGUCGCCUGCAGCUUCCUCGAGUGUUUCGUGCAGUCUCUGCCUCCUGCGAUCUCUCCGUGUGUGACGUGCGUGUAUAUGUGUGCGUGCGCGUGCACUUACAGUACUUACACCCGACUCUCGAUACAUACGCACACCAACCAACUAACACAGAGUGUGUAAGUCGACUGGCCUACAGACCUACAUUUGUCUAACGUUCGAUUUUUCCUCUUCACUCUCACUUUUAUCCGUGAGAGACUCGUUUCUUUCCCUCUUUCUCUCUCGUGGUGGGGCCUGUGCUCGUACCGGCAAAACCUGCCUCACCUCCGACUCCACGAGUGCAAGAAGAGCGCGGAUUAAAACACACAUCUUUAUUCCUAUUGACAACAAUCGCGGACGCGACGAAACAAGCAGUGUCUUUCAAGUGGUGAGAAAGUGACAAAGGAGGGGGGGCCUUGGCAAUCAGCACAUCGCGGUAGUGAUGACGACGGCAGCGAUUACGACAGCGUCGAUGACGAAGAUGAAAAGGACAAGUGCCAGGGUGCCCGAGUGCCGAAUGUUACACUGCUGAAUAACGUUCUCGUCGACGACGACGGUGGUCGUGCUAGUGGCGGUAGCGAUAGCGACCGCGGCGUUAUUGACCGUGAGACAUAACGAGAGUAGGUGACAGUUUGGCGUGCCAAGAGCAAAGCGCUCUUAAUUCUCUUGUUGUGUACCCUCUCUGCGAGACGAUAGAAAGAGAAAGAGAGAGAAAGAGAGAGAAGAGAGAGAGAGAGAGAGAGAGAGAGAGAGAGAGAGAGAGAGAAGAACGCAAGUGCACAUAAGAGAGGGAAAGAGAGAGAGAGAGAGUGCGUGUGUUUGUGCGCGCGACAGACAGAAAAAGCCAAAGAACGGGCAAGUGAGAGACAGAGACAGAACGACAACACUCUCUUUCUAUCUCAUCUCGCACGAGUAGUACGUGCGUGCACAUACUGACACACAACAGCGGCUAGCUAUAUGCACGCACGCACACCAGCUCUGAUAUAUACCUCGCUUGUGCGUCCGCUCCUCGCAUGCAAGUUAGGGAAACAGCAGCAGUAGCAGCAGCAGCCAGACGAGAGCAAUCAAAGAAAUUAUUUUUAUUGGUACCGCAUGUCUCAUUAUUUAUUUUUAAAUUGUUAUGUAUGCGUCUUGUAUCGAGAACAAAUGAUCGGGGUAUAGACUACCUGCUCGAUAUUCGUUCCGUGCUACGCGUGUUCUGUUUUACCGCUAUACUCUGUUCUGCACAGUAGUUGCCGGUGAAUCAAGACGGACAGUUUUAUUCAUGUAGGCUUGUGCGUGAACAAAAGUGCUGUAUCGCACAGAGCUGGAUUGGCAGUAGCAGGUUGAAUUGGACAAGACAGGUGUGAGUGGGGACAGGGCGCAGGAAAGUUGUAUAGAGAUAUAGCUAUAUUUUUGGAGUAAUAUUGGGAUGCUUAUGCGGCAAAUCAGUCAAAUGGAUACCCCGUUGAGCAGCAGUGACAUCGUUACCAGCGCCACAGCUAGUACCAAAGCAAUGGAGCCAGAGAGUUGCAGCAUCGCAGCCACGAGCAGCAGCAGCAGUAGCACGAGUGUUCAAGCGAGCGAAGAAGUGCACACGAACGGCAUUGAGCUGGGCAUGCAAGAGGCGCAGCAACAACACAACAUGGUGGAGAUGGCAUCGUCGGAGGUGACGAGCAACAACGACGAGCUACUAGUCUCAGACGCGCUCGCUGCUGCAUACGUUCGCAUCGAUAACGUCGUCGGCGCUGCCUCGGGCAAUUGUCGCCACACUGAAAACGGCUGCUCUUUUGCCGUAAGAGUGCUCAACCCACUCACGGCUGAUACGUACUUUCGAACGAACACAUCAUUGCAGCUUUCGUUCUGUCGAAUGGAAAAAAUGGUCUGUAGCUCGCGCCAAGCUCGGCUCAGCAGUCGUUCCAAGUACUCAUCGCGCGCGAGAACAAUUCACAAGGGCGCGCGCGAGUGCUCAAGUUAAUCACGCCGCCGCUCGGACGGAUCCGUGGAUAUGGUUAGAUUGUAGUUUGGCUCGCAUUACGGAAGCUUUCCAAGUCUUCGCUGCGUUCAGCGUAUCAUCGUCCGCUUUCUUCAUUCCAUUUUCUCUAUAUCAAGUGCGAUUAUUGUCACUACCUGUUAGCCGACUCUCCAGCAAAAUGGAAUGUAGGCUCUCCGAAGCUUUUCUUUUCUUUGUCCGCCUUGUUUAUUUUUCUUCUUGACGUGUACCUAAACGCAACUUUUAUUAUUAUUUUUUUUUAACGAGAUAGAACUAUUUUAUUGACAUA